UGUUGUGGUGAUGGAGAAACACUACGCUGCCGAACUUGAGAAGAAAGAAGUCAAGAGGAAGAAGAAAUUGGAGAAAGAGGAGGCUCUAAAAUGAGAGGAGGAGGAACGUGUUCGAAGGGAUGAAGAGCAUGCCAGAGCCGAAAAGAAAGCCUUGAAAGCCAAGCAGAAGAAAAAGUUGGAAGUUGAAGCACGUGCGGCCAUGCGGAAGGAUUUGAAUAUGCAGUUCACCAUACAGGUCGGGGAUUUAGAAGAUCGGUUGGUUGAACGCAUGUACCAAGUUGUUGCGCCAGUUCUUCCUCCAAAUCGUGAGCGGGGCAAGAAUAAGGUUAUGUAUGCAUCUGAUUCUGACGAGGCAUUAUCUGCCCGUAUCGAGGGUAGUGAUACGAGUGUGACGCAGAAGCUCAACACAAAAACCGAGCGCUUGUGUAUCUCGGAGAAGCGGAAGCGGGGCGCUGAACCUGUAUUUGAGGAGCCAAGUCCUCCAAUGGAGUUGCCGGCGAAGAGAACCCCCAAGCGAGGAAUUCUGAAGCCGGUGAAGCUGACGAGACGUUUGACCCGUUCUAAGUCGAAGAAGGCUGGUGGGGGCUUAACCCCGACGACGAACAAGAAGAAUAUUGCUACACCUAUUUCGAAGCGCCGCACUCCAACGCAUUCACCAACAUGCCCCUCAGCGGCUGUAUUGACCCCAUCUGCAAAAGGGACCCUUGCCCGUCUCCACUAUCGAAAUGAAGUGCUCAAGGAGCUAAAAACUUUGGAUGCUACUGAGCUGCAGUGUAUAUGUCGAGAAGAGGGAUUGCACUAUGAUAAGAAGAUCGAUGCGAUCUUCGAUGUCGCAGACCAUCGUACUGAACGGACCUUUGGUGGGUCGUCCGCGGGGAACGUUGAAGUAAUCAAGGUCGAUGCCUUUGAAGACCUCGGUGGUGACGAGAGCGUGGAACCUGCCGCUGGGGGAGACGUCUGACGUGGCUUAUCUAUACAGAAGCUUUCGAAGUUGUACCGAUUCCUUAUGCAUGAACGUUGCGAAUCUGCUACCGUUAAUAGAUAUGUUGAAGGAGUGUUCCGUUUGGUUUUUCUGUUGCUAGCGUUGCAAGGGGAGAUAUGAUGGGCUAACAAGUGUGUUCCUAAGUGGUUGGAAUUAUAUGAUCGUCACGGUCUUGAGUUCCUUAGACUUAGUUCCUGCGUGUAUAUUGGGAUUUCGCCGUUUUGUAAAUUGUCUUAUGUGGGCAAAUCCACGA